AUGAAAACAUACAGCAGAAAGAAAACAGACUCCCUGGAAGCCGACAGUGAAGAAGUAAUCAUAGAUUUAAAUGAAAUCUGUAGACUGUGUAUGAGUAAAGAGGAUGAGUUGAUUUCUAUGUAUCAAGAUGACGAUGCAGUGCCCCUUACACUUAAAAUUACGGCUUGUGUAGCUCUUGAGGUUUUUGAAGGAGAUGGACUUCCUGACAAAAUAUGUCGUCCUUGUAAAUACCAACUGGAAAAAUCAUAUGGUUUUCGAAAAAAGUGUGAAAGCUCUGACUUGAAGCUUAGAUUACACUUAAGAGAUCUACCAGAAGAUGAGUAUGAUAAAGAAGACAGCAACAGUAACAUGCAAGUUGAUGAUGAAGUUCAAAUAACUGAGGUCCAAGAAAUAGAACAAGCAGAAACUGAACCUAGCACAGAGCAAGAUUUAGUAGGAGUAACAAAAGUUGCUUAUAUUCAACAAGAUCAAGAAGUAGAACCAGAUCCUGAAAACAUUACUUUACCAAAAGAAACUGAUGAAGUAGAUAAAGAAGCAUGCACUUUAAGGGAUAAUGAUGGAAUGAAAAGUGAAGUAAAUAGUGAGGAAGAGGAAGUAGAAAAUAUAUACCAACUUGAUGAAGAUCAAUCAGGAUUGGAUGAAACAAAUAUCGAUGUGAUUACUGAUGCUGUGAAGGCUACUCUUGCAAAUCAAACAGGACUAAAUCUCAAUGGUCCAGUUCAAAUGAAGCUAAACCAAUCUGAAGGAAAAUCUACACAUGUUGAAGUUACAACAGAAGAUGGUUCUGUUAUUAUUAUGGAGUUAAUGACUGAAGAAGAUGCUGACUCAGUAAGACCAAAGCCGGAACCUGAAGUUAAUGCUGAUGGUGAAAUAAACAUUUUCCAAUGUCCAAGUUGUCCAAAAUCUUUUUCCAGAAGGAUACAACUCAAGAGGCAUGCCUCUGUACAUAUGCAACAAAGAGGUUUUAGUUGUGGCAUUUGCGAAAAGUGGUUUCCCACACGUUCUGCUUUAGUCCGUCAUGAACGCAUUCACACAGGUGAACGCCCAUUUCAAUGUGAAGUAUGUCAAAAGAGUUUUGCUCAAAAGGAAAUUCUAUACAGGCAUUUAAUGACUCACACUGGCCAAAAACCGUAUGUGUGUCCACAUUGCAAUAAGGGAUUUACCCAAAAAGAACCUCUACGAGUACAUAUGAGAAUGCAUUUGACGACAGGGCCUUCAGACAUACAAUUGCACUACUGUUCACUUUGCCCUAAAGUUUUUUGCCAUGCCUCUGGUCUCAGUAGACAUUUAGUCACCCAUACUGGGAAAAUUUUUAAGUGUAACGUUUGUGAUAAGUCAUUUACAGACAAGAGUUCAUUAAGGAGACAUUAUUUGCAAACAAACCAUCAGUAG